AUGGAACCCAUUCCGGUUGCAAAUCCCGGAGGCAUCGGCGGCAGCAGUAGCAGCAGUCACGCUCUGAUUGGUCAGCGUGCAGAGCCAAUCAAAGCAGGAGGUUUAUCUCAACCGCGAACAUCUCAAUCAACCUCAUACUCAUCGACUAGCAAUGCCUCCUCUUCGAAAGGCUCCGGUAGUGCCUCCUCCGUGGCCUCACGUGGCUCUUUUGAGCGGCGUGGAAGUCUUCUGCUCUCCUCGAGACGCACUCUAACGCGUCAGCGAACAACGGAGCAAGUAGAACACGCUGCAGUGGUUAAGCGACAACCUCUGAAUGAGUAUUUUACCGAGUUUGAGAAGGACGUUCUCAUAUCAACUUGGAAGGCAAUGCUACUGUACACCAACGAGCCUGGAGCAUUUAUCUUCCGACUUGCAGCCGAGAUGUGUCCGGAACUGAAAACUGCGUACAAUGUUAAGUCAUCUGUCCUUGGAAAAACUACGGCCAUCUAA